UCUCAAAAAAUUCUCUCCCUUUCACAGACUUUCCCCGAUAACCCAUCUUCAAACGCAGGAAAUUUUCCCUCAAGAAAGUGGUUUUCCUUUUCCUUACCACAAAAACAUACAGAUUCAAUUCAAGAAAACGGGUUCAAAGAUUUUCCCCAGAGAAUGAAAUCUGAUCCUCUCUCUCUCUUCAAAUUCAUCUUCUACAUUUCUCUGAUCUAAAGUGAAGCGAGGAGAGGAAGGAAGUUGUGUUAAUUAAAUUAUAAUUACGGCUACAGAAACCCACCACUCUCCAACGGCGCCGUUGCCAAUGGAGAUCUGUCCUCUAACCCUAACCCUAUACCGAACGAGGUCGUCGCCGCCGUAAGCAGAAGAAGAACUCCAACGCCUCCCAAACCCCCUCCAGCGUCACUGAUGACGAUGAUUCCAAGGAGAACAACAAUCCUCAACAGACAUUUCCGCAAGUUGAAGUGGAGUAUGUCCCAAAGCUUGCUGAGCUUGAUGAUGGAAUGGAUGAAGAAUUUAGAUAGGCUUUUAGCCAAUUUAGUUUCCGUGAAACUACUGCUACUCAGGAUAAUGAUAACAAGGAUGAGUCUGCCGAAAAUGCAGCCUCAACCAAGAAGGCUGACUCAGACUCAGAAGAGGAAGAACAGGAUAACCCACAAAAAGAGAAAGGCGUGUCAAACAAGAAAAAGAAGCUACAACGGUGGAUGCAGAUUGCUGAACUGAAGCAAAUUUGCUCAGGGCCUGAUGUUGUUGAGGGGAGUUGCUGUGACAAUCAUGGAGACUGGACUUGUAGGUGUUUGGCAAUGAGCACCCUUAAAUGAUUUCUUUGUUC